UUUUACACUACCGCCGGAGCGCCAAGCCGUAGCGGAGGUUGCCCCUUCUUAUAUGCUAGGUCCGCCCCUGGAGCUUCUGCUAAAGUCUACCAUGGCUGGGACACUGAAUCAAAACAAAGCGUCGCCAUUAAAUCUAUGGACAAGCAGAGAAUUGUUACGGGUGGUUUAGCCGCGCAUGUUAAGCGUGAGAUCGCGGCCAUGCGCAGGCUAAACCACCCGAACAUCGUUCGCAUGCACGAAGUGCUGGCGAACCAGAAGAAGAUAUAUUUUGUAUUAGAGUUUGCACCAGGUGGUGAUCUCUUUUCUAAAGUGGCUAAAUGUCGUUUUAGUGAAGAUCUAAGCAGGAGAUAUUUUCAACAACUCGUCUCCGCCGUCCGAUACUGCCACUCCCGCGGUGUUUACCACCGUGACCUAAAAUUGGAGAAUCUUCUGUUGGAUGAAAACUGGAACCUGAAAGUUACGGAUUUUGGAUUAUCUGUGGUGACGCAUCGUAGCAGGAGUCCGUCAGAUACAGACGGACUCGUGCAUACGAUGUGUGGUACUCCCGCGUAUGUUGCACCGGAGAUUUUAGCGAAGAAAGGUUAUGAUGGUGCGAAGGUGGAUAUAUGGGCGUGUGGUGUCAUCUUGUACGUUCUUAGUACCGGUUAUUUACCGUUUAAUGAGUCGAAUGUGGUACUGAUGUACCUGAAGAUUUGCAAAGGCGAGUAUACGGUUCCUAAAUGGAUGUCUCCGGAGUUAAAACAGUUUUUAUCGCGACUUCUUGACACAAAUCCUCAAACACGGAUCACCAUUGAUGAAAUCAUCAAGGAUCCGUGGUUUAGAAUCGGGUAUAAAGAUGAGGAGUUAUGUUCGGAUCAUUUUGAGAUGAAAGAUGGCGAAGAUGGUGGUUUGAAGAGUUUGAACGCAUUUGAUAUAAUUUCGUAUUCGUCGGGCUAUAAUCUGUCGGGUUUGUUUGGUGGUCGAGAAGGUGAUGAGAUGUUUUUAUCGACGGUUGCGCCAGAGGAGAUAAUCGAGAGGGUGGUGGAGGCUGCGGAGCAAGAGAGGUUGAGGGUGGCUAAGAAGAAUAAGUGGUGGGUGAAGGUUGACGGGUGCCAUAGUCGUAAUUUCACACUAAUGAUAGAGGUUAAACGGUUGACUGUGGAUAUAGUGGUGGUUGACGUAAGCUGGAAAGAGUGCGAGAGUAAUCGCGGUCCAGAAAUAUGGAAAUCUAGGCUUAGGCCGCGCUUGAGUGGGUUGAUUUAUCAACCCGACGGUCUGGUUCGCAGUAACUAAAACUUGCACUAAGGCCAUCUCCAUCGCGGCAGGGAUCUAAUGCAAGAAAGAAAAAUCCAUGGACGGGGAUUGUGAG